UGCCCUUCGACCGCGUGGUCACCAUCGGCACCGUCCUCAUCCCCAUCCUCCUCGUCACCCUCGUCUUCACCAAGAACUUCGCCGCAGUUACGUAGCUCAGCCCUCUACCACCCUUCUCCUAGAAAAUUCUCAUGAGGAAGUAAUGGAAGGAGACAGUAAGUUAAAUGACUGAAGGGUCAGUUCAAGUUUUUCUGUUUUAUUUUCUGAUUUGUAAUCAUUUGCAUAAGCAAUGCUUACUUCACAGUGUAAUACUGUAUAUGAGUGAGUUUAAUGUCUUUUUACGCAUUUCACCCUACAGUAUAUUUGAAAUAGUAUAUGUUGAGGAUUUCUGUAUUAUGAGAUGGAGUUCUACUUUGUAUUUGUGUUGCAAGUUGAGGGCAAGAUAUUUACAUAUGCUGUACUUAUGUGACUUAUCUGAUGGAUGGUUUUUGAUCUUGUUUUCCACUUCAACUGCACUUAAAGCCACAUACAGUAAGAAAGUGAAGAUGACAUUUUUUGAGGAUUAUUUUUUGUGCGAAAAGUACAGGGCCAGAUUGUUUUAUGUACAUGAUGACACCAGUGCAGAAAUUGGUUCUGAGGUGGCAUUAGCAGUGAAAAGAGAAUUUUCUAAGAAGUGUCUCAGUACCACUUGUGUUUAAGUGCUUUCUAAUCACAUAUUUUUAAAAAGAACUGUAAUAGUACAAGCAGCCACAGGCUGGCUGCAGUUAAGCUGCUGGCUGUUUGCACUGCUGAUGGAAUUUUUCCCAAAGGGUAAGGGCAGUUCACACACAAACGUGAGCUGUGCACAAGAUAUGCAAGCUGGCUUUCUAUGAGUUUUGAUCAUUUAAAGAUUUGCAGUUACACAGCUGAAUGUUAAAUAGAAAGGUAUUCUUGAGGAAAUGCUUGAGCCUCACACAUGUAAUCAUUCCACUGCAGUUCCUAGUGGCUACAGAUAUUUUUCUGUCAUGAAUUCCAUUUCUCAAACUUAAUUGACACGUAUACAUAAUCUUUUUUUUGUAUGCACUUUAAUGACCCUGUUUGCACUAUUAACCCCUUUAUCUUCUCAAGUGUCAUGUACGUGAAGGGGUCCAAAAUGUGGAUGAGCUUUAACUUAGUACAUGCUUUCAGAUAACUUCAACAAUUUGAACAGAUGGUCAGAAAUAUUUUUGUGUAAGAGGUACUUAAUUAGUUUUCACCUUUGUCAAGAAGAAAUCUUGUGAAUACAUAAGAAUAAGGUAGAGACUCUUUUUCAAAGCUACCCUGAAGUAUUUGAGGGGAUUUUUUUGUCCCUAAAUGAGAUAGAAAUUAUGCGUCCAUGAUCAAGAAGAAAUCUCAGCUUGUAUUGUUUCUUAGAGCUGUACAACUCUUCAAGAAGAAUCUGCAUCAUUACUGAGUUCCUUGGGUUCUGUCAGUGUUAAAAAUGACUGCAGUGGGCAUCUUCAGUAGGUAUACACAUUUAGUUACAAAAGCUAAAUAAUUUUUCAGUAGACUGGCAUGAUUCUUGUGGAGGUUUUAUUCUAAGAAAAACACUGAAAUCAUUGCAGAUAUUUACAUCACCAGAGAUUUUGUCCCAGGUAUGUAUUAUACUCUUCCAUUUGAACUGGGAAAUACAGCAGUUCAUUAUGAUAGCGAGUUUUGGGGAUUUGUUUGCUUUUCUUUACUGGCACCAUGCCUGUCGUGCAGAUUCUAAGGAGCAAUGAUGCAGCCAGGUGCAGAGACAUGUGGUGUGGGUUUUGCAUCUUAGAGCUCAGUGGCUAUUUCUGGAGCAUUUUAGUUAAAUGCUGAAGUAAGUAUUUCAGCAUUUUGAGUUUGAGGUACCUUCUGUUCUGUGCCAUCCAUGACCUUUCAGGAGGGCAGAAGACCUCCACACUGGAACUGGCAGAGCCCCUGGGAGCCUUGGGACGCUGAUUUUCCUGGCUCUGUUGUGACAGAUCAAAAUGGUUCUGUUACUUUAAAAACCCAAUUUCUUUGAACAUGGAGGAACCAGUUCUACAAAAAGCAGUAGACCGGCCAUCUCUGCCUCCUAAACACUAUGUUAUUAUAAUAACAUUAUUACAUAAUGAGCAAACUAUUGGCAUUUUUUUUCCUUUUCAAUGACAUUUUUGGGGUGCUGUGUUUAUGCCAAGAGGUACUUAAUACAGGCAAUCUUUUUCAUUUCUAGUCAUUAAAUAACAAUAAUGUAAUGGAACAAACCUACUGUUCCAUAUUGCUUGCUGUAUUUGUAUUUUGUACUUGACUCAUGACUUAAGAAGCCACCCUCGUAUAUGUAUCAUCAGUUUCACUGGAUUUUCAUAAUUCAUUUUACUUUGGCAUUUGUAUGUUUUCGCGGUUCACUUCAGGUGUUACUCUAGUCCACAUUAUCAUACUGUCUGGGUGCUUUUGUAAUUGCUUUGGGGAUCCAUCUCCAGAGGGGAUUUUUUUGAAUUGCCAAAAAAUAUUUUUUCUUCUUUGGAAAACAUUAAAACACUUAUUUUCACACAUUACUUCUCCUGUACAGAAGAUCUGUACAUCACCAAAUUCCACUCAUCUCCUCAUGUAAGCGCUAAAUUUAGAAGUAAAUAUUAUUCAGAUCUCUUUUGUAGGACUGUGUGCAUGGCUGAAUUUCAUUAAUUAUAUUUUGAUGAAUGCAUUCUUUUAAAUUCAGAUCUAACCUUCCCUUAAAUCUUAACAUAAUACAAAGCAACAUUAUAAUACAGAAACACACCUCUAUGUACAAUUACUGGCAUCAUCAUUUCCUUCUUAGGUUAUUUUCUGUGUUCUCACAGAGCUCUCCUGAGCACAGGAAGAAAUGCUCCUAGUGAUGUUCAACAGUACAGUCAUUGUAAAUAAGCUCUCUUUCCAAUGAUGUUACCAUCAUACCGCGUGGCCAUCACAUGGCAGAUGGUAGCUCAUUAUUGAGGAAACAUUCCUCUAGAGUAGCAACCUAAGGGAUUUCAUUUAGGUGUUUCUGCACCUUCUGCAUAACAGUUGCCAUUUCUGGAAUAACCUUCUCCAACAGACUUCAACAUAUCAACCAAGUAGGAGUAGGUAUCUUUCUCUCCUGAAUAACCUGGGCAGGUGUUACAAGUCUUUCAGCCUCAAAUUGCUGGUAAGUGAACUUCAGCAUGCCAGCUAAUUUUAGAAGAGCUGAUGUUAAUUACAUCCAAGGAAUAAAGUUCUGUAAAUGUAUAUAUAUACACUAUAUAUAUAUACACUAGGAAAGUGCAUUACUAAUUUAUUGAUUCUGCAGAUCCAAAAUAUAUGCAGUUCAAGCAGCAGUCCUGCAAGGAAAAAAACCAUAAAUUGUAAAUAUGGGGACACCUGCUGCUGCCCUUACAUUGCCGUUACCCCUGUGGGUAACCCAUUACCUAUCAGUCAUUGAAACUGCUUAUCUACAUCUCAGCCAUUACGACUAAUCCUUGUAGAGUAUAGGCCAGUAAAAUUUACUAGCAGCAGUGGUUUCCUAUCUCAUUUCUUUAGGGACUUUCUUUUCAAGAUUUUUUUCUUAAACAGGACAAGUGGUUUCAGAGAGUGGGCAAAAAAGGCUAUACCUUACCUUGUUAAUCAUGGAGAAGUUUGUACCUUAGGACGACUUCCUGGGCAUGGAACCUAUAUUCAGAUUUGGAAAGAAUAUUCCCUAAGAAAGAGAGAAGAGGAUCCAGGACAUUUCUUCUUUUCCAUUUAAACGUUUCUGAAAAACUACUAAAUAAAUUAUUUCUGUUUCUCAAAAUAAACAGUUUGCUACCUGCUUUCUUGUGCAAUGCUUUUAGUACCCAAGAUGAAUGAGGCAUGUAUGUCUGAUUGCUUACACAUAUGUGACACAAUGUAAGGAGAGCAGUAUGAUAAGGACUACCCUUGCCAAGUACUGGCAUUUAUUGCUGAAUUUAGGGAGUUUCUCAUUUAUCUUGGCUGUUAGAAACUUGUGUUCUGGCAUCUGAUGGGCAGGGAGAAUCAAAGAUUCUACCUAAACACUGAAUUUCUUCUUAGAGUCAAAUGGAGGGGACUGUACAAUGAGUGCAUCAGAGAACUUGACUGGAAUGCCAGCUUUUCUUCAUAGGCAGGUUGGGCACCAGCACAAGGAUGAUUUAGCAAUCCUCUUCAAGAGGGCAGAAAGCCAAUAGCUAGGAAGCACUAGGCCCAGGGUGAGUCUGUUACAUAAUUAACUCAGUAAAUAUAUCUAUCAAUAUACUCUACCUGAUACUUAACUGGGGUCUCCAGCAUGAGAGCACUUGUCCAGGAGCUGGGAAAUCCAGCCUGUUCAGCGGCACCUAGGCACCACUCCUGCUGCCUAUACACCGUGGUGGUCAGACUGAAUGUUUACUCCUAGAUCUUCGAAUAAUUUUUUGCACAAGAGAAGAGGCAUACUUACUUUCGUCUUGGUGUAGCAAGCAGAAGAAUUUUCAUCUUUUUUCGUUUUUUAAUUGUAUUUUCUGAAAACUGGGUUCCUUUUUUUCUGUCUGUUGUAAGAAAAUUGUGCUAUUCCUUCUGCAUUACUGAAUUACAGCACUAGUAUGCUGAAAUCAUGCAGUUCAAUUGGAAGAUUAAUGAGGUGUGAUUUCUUUUUCCAGAGUAAAUUCUAAAAGCUGGAGGUCACAAGAGGCAUACACAAUUUAUUAUUAUGGUUUAUACUGUGCUUUAGGUGAAUAUACUUUAUUUCACUGGGAAUGUGGUAGGUGUGAAAGGUCAUUUGCCCUUUUAUAUACGGGUAUAUACUGUUUAUUACUAGUAUUUUCCUUUCUUACUUUCUAAUGUCUACCCAAAGCAUUGUAAGGUGUUGUCAUUAUUUCUUUAAAUAACUUUUUAUCGUAAUAAUAUUUUAGAAGCUUGAAAUUGACCCCCCUACAGCAUCAGUUCUUCAAAGAGAGAUGCACGUGCCAAAUUCUCUGCACUGUGAGUAAUCCCAUUGGCUUCAAAGGAACUGUCCAGUGCAUGAAGUCACUUAUGUCUUUUUAGGAGCAGAUCGAAUUUUUUAGUGUUGAAUAUUAAGAGAUUGGCAUUGUUAUUUUUAUUCUGAAGGGGCAAGGGAAUGUUUGUGUUAGAUGCAAUUCACUCGCUUUCCCAGGAAGACUUGUAAAAACUUAGUUUUGCAGAGGCAAUGGAGAACGAUACAUAUUUACAGCUUCACCAUGUUUUCUUGACAGUGUCGUUUCUGUUUCCCGUACACCAGCUCAUAUUUUUUUGCAAGGUUUUCUUUUUUAUAGAUAGGAAAACAGACAUCCACACACAUGCAUGCACACACAUACCCCAAAGAGCGUCUUUGGUGAACUGUGCUGUUGAUCUAUUCCUUUGACUGAGAUGCAAUACUGAGGCUCACUUGUAUUUCAAUGAUAGCCUUCUAGCCAUAUUUUACUUAAUGUGUUCCUAGUGCAACUGGCCAUUGCAUUCAUUUUUUUAAAUGGCUAUUUCCCAAAUGUGAAAAAAAUCACUCCUGUGUGAAUCAGCCAUUCUUGCUAGAUGUGACCUAAAGAAAAAAUGUUCACCUUGAAGACAAUCAAGCAUUGGAGCAGGUUGCACAGGCAGCUUGUAUAGUCUCCAUCUUUGGAGGUUUUCAGACUGACAAAACCCUAAUCAAACUGGUCUGAACUCAGUCUUGGCCCUGCUUUGAGUGGGAUGUGGCACUUGGUAACUUCCAAGGUUGCUUCUGGCAUUUCCAUCAUUGUGCAUAGGGGUAUAACUUCCGGGAGUGGUCUAAAAAAGCAAUUAGCAGAUUUUCCCAUUGGUAACUCCAUUUCCAGAUCUGAGAUUGAUUUUUGCAGUGGGAAGUUUCACAGGGGUUCCAACCCCGAACCUCAGCACCCCAGCCCCUUGAUAGAGGAAUUUCAGAACUUACAAUACUGUAUUUCCUGGUUGAAAUUAAGCAGGAGAUUUAUUUAUCUAACAUAUUUUCAUGUCUAGCACUUGCAGCCUGACAAACGGUGUUUAAUUCAGGGCCUCUUGAAGAGAGCAGCUGAAUGUAUACUGAAGUAUAUGGAGGUUGGGAAACCACUGAAGGGAGGUGGCUGACCUUGGACUGGGAACAGUAGGAGUGGGAGUCUGUGCCUGCAGGAAGCCCACAAGCAUUUCUCAGAGCCUUUACUAACAGGCAGCAGACUCGGCAUCUCCUAGCUUCCAUACUUCAUUCCUUCUUUCCAUAUUGUCUUUUCUAACGAGUUGUUUGAUCACAGCCCCUUCCUCCAUCUCCCUGUCUUGCCUAUCUUCUCACGACCAUGCACUCUGUUUCAUUCCCAUAAACUAUGCCUUUUAUACCACAUGACUUCCUGCAAUUCAUUUUUCUCCACUGAAGCAGUACUUAAGCUGAUGAGAUGAGAUGAUACAGAAUGGAGUAUGUGAAAAACCUUAGCUGCCAAGGGAUUUCAAAUUUUUCAGGUGGCAUACCACAAUCAAUUGUAUUACACAACUGACUCAGUAAUCCUGUCUUGUUUAUUUUAACUUGUUUGUAUGUCCAGAAAAUUCAGUGAGAUGUCUCUCAUAGCUUAUCCACAAGAAUAAUUUUGUGGACUUCUAGAAGCUACUUACAUUCAUAGUGAGCGUUAUAAAAUGUAUUUAUAUACAACUGUUGAAAACAUCUGAUGUAGUGCUCCUGUGAUCAUUAAUAUUAUUGAAACAAGGGAAGCUAACCUUCUUAGUAUGCAUCUUUAUACUCGUCAGUAUAAGAUAAAGUAUAAUAUACUAUACAAUAUGUUAACAUCAAGGACUUUUUUUCUGAUGUAGUAAUUAUUUCUGCACAGCAUGAGCACAGGGUUAUUUAGCCUCUUAAAAAUUAUUUAAAAGGAACAUUUCCUGGGAAUGACAGUGACUGUGGGAAAGUAUUACUGAAGACAGGACUUGUUCUUAGGUAUUCCGAGUGAUGUUUUUUUGAAACUGUGUUGAACUUUGUAUUCUGGCACGUGUAGGUGAAUCUAAGGGCAGACCUUCAGACUUUGAACUUAACUGAGAUUUUAUUCUGAACAUCAGAACUAAAAAAUCUUGCAGCAAGCCAUCCCAUUUAAUGCAGAAAAGUUGAGUUUAGUAUUCCAGCCACCAAUAAAAAUGGCAGCUUAGUUACCGUACUUUUUUCUGUCUUUGCUACAGAUGCACACGUGUACAAAUCACAGAUACAUGUCUACCCUGAACUGCCUUUUCAGUGUUUGGAACUGGAAAAAAAAUUAUUUUGGAGAUGUUGACCUUGCUGUCAGGGUUGUUUUGGGGUUUUUUUUGUAGGAAUUUCUGUCUCUUUGGCUCACAAGAAUGUAGCUAUCAAGGAGAGUGGAGGGAUAAAUUGCAUUUAUGGGCUUAAGCCUAGACAACAUUGAGAAGAUGACCAAUCCACUCAGCCAUAAUAAUGUCCCCUAAGCUUUUCCAAAAAUGUUCUUUACAGCAUCUUACUCUAUUGUCUUUUCCUACAUAAUUGACCAGUUACUCCUUAUGCAAUUAAACUGUGGAGUCUUGGGGGAAAAGCUGCAUUUCAUGGUGGCUGGAGUGGUUAUAUGAAAAAGAAACUUAUUAAACUGCUAGAGCAUUUUCAGGGUGAAAUAAGAAUAUCAGUAGAAACUUUAUAUAUUUAUGAAUAUAAAGCUAAAAGCAAAUACAUUUUUUUAUAUUACAUGAUCCCAUGUCAGAACUAUGAUUUUAACACUGUUACAGCCUGUUUCUUUAAUGCUACUUGCCUAGCAGGGGAACAUUGUAAAAUAAUAAAACAGGCCUGCUGUGCCUUCUUGAAACUGCGUUAAGUAGGGCCCUCACAGCUAAAGUGAGCUAUGUGUGUGAGAACAACUCAUUACUCCCCUGUCCUCAUCAGAUCUGCGUGUUGAGAUCCAGCUAUAUGUUACUGCCAUCUUUCAUAACAAGCAAGAUUAGUUAUUGACCUAGUGCUUUUCUUUUUCAUUUAUUCCUGAUGGACAGAGAUUGCAGUAGAGGAGAAGCAGGUCCAUAUCCUACUAUGAUGGGGUCAAACACCUUCACGGUGUUAAAUGCCAGGUUAAAUGCUGCCAUCCCCUAAGAAGCAGCAUUCACAGAUGCUAGUUCAAGCCUAGUGGCAUCUUGCUUGGCAGCCUUUUGUCAAUGAAGAGAGACAGGCUCCUCCAGGCAACAGCUAAAUUAGUCUUUCGCUUUGAAACAUUAUCUGAAAGGGUAUUCCUCUCUUCUUCGUUGUCUGGAUUAAAUGAAUGAGCUUCCUAAGCUGAUGUUAUGCUCUGUGAGUCAAGUCCUAUGCUGAGAAGGUUAAGCUAAGUUCCGUUGUGGAAUAACCACCAAAAUUAGAGGCGUUCACUGAUGGUGAGUAUGGCUCAAAUAUUAGAAAACGCCAUUCGAAUAAAAUUGCAUUGAAACUCACUUGCCCCCACUUGAAUCAGUUAUCAGAAGUCCCACUGACUUGUCUGAGAAUUGGGCUUCAUCUGAAGGGUCUUGGGAUUUAUAUGGCAUAUAAUGAAAAUCAUGUCAAUUUAACAAAUGUGCAAAGAAAAUACUGAACUAGCGUCAACAAGUAACAAAACAUUGAAUAAGAACAGGACACCAUGCUCAGCUAUCCCAAUAAGUGAGAGAUCUCUCACAACUUACCAGGCAACCAGGAAAAGCAAAAAAAAUUCCUGUAAAAUUACAUUUGCUUUCUCUACUGGUCUGGGCAGCCCCAUUUUUAAAGUAGCCUCUAAUGAAGUUGCUCAGUCCAAACCGGAGUUGUGAGGCUCUUCAGACUGGAAGCAGUGGCAGUGGAUAGAGGGCAGAGUGAGUCUCUAACUGAUCUAUCCAAUGUAAAUGUAAAUACAUUUUUGUAUUUUUCCUUUUUGAAUGUAUAAAAUAAAUAUAUAUUUGAUUGUUGUUGUAUGUAUGCCAUUUUGGGAGAAGUCAUCUUAACUUUCAGGUAUCAGUGAAGAGAACUACUUGCUGUUUAUUUGGUAGUAGCAACUGAUAUACGAAUCCAAAAAUAAUCCUGAUGGAUGAUUUAUAUGAAUGCUUGUUACUGUCUUCCCAAGUAUUCAUGGUGUUGAGACCUAGGGGAAAUGAACCCAUGUCUGUCACAGGAAACUAGGUUUCAUAUUAGCAGGUUCUACUGAGCUUAGGGACACCCAAUUAAAAAUAUUUAUGCUCAUGAGAAACACACCACGCUUCUUUGCCUUUUUUCCCCCAUGGGAACGUUUUCACAACAGAAUCUAUUUUGUCUCCUGGGAAAUCAUACAGUAACUCUCUCAUAGGAGGAGCUGAAAUUUUUUGUAUGCAUCCCUUCAUGCGUAGGGUUGGGAGGACAUACAUGUAAUUACCAAAACCAGGAGAGUCAGUGGGCAUUUUUCUUGUAGCACAUGGCUGUAAAUACACAAAAAUAGUCUAAAUGGGAAGCUGUGUAACAUUACAGUGCUUUAAGCUCUCCUCUGAGGUUGAAGUUAGAUCGUUUAAAAAUAGUCUUCAAAGAAUUUAAAGAAUUUAAAGGUCUUUAAAGAAUUUGCAAGGCUUACUUCACAUGCUGUCUUAGGUAGCAUCAUCUAUUCUGUCAAUUUGGUUUAAAUUGGUUGUAUUUUUAGAAAAGAUUCCUCACUGAAUCAAUUAAAAAAAUAUUUUUUUGUGCAGUUAUCAGUAUGUAGCUCUCUGUAGGUCACAGAAGAAGUUUAAACCCCAACAUUUUACCAAAGAAGUAGUAAAUGCUUUUGGUUUGUUUGCAUAUGAGAAACAGUUGCUUAAGUAAGGAGUCCUCUGUUAAGUCAAAAGGAUAAGGGUUUUCGUCUACCUAUUUAUUUUUAAUAUUUUAUUAUUAUCAAACACUAUAUUUUAGUAUUUCUUUUAUUGAUUUAUAUUAUUAAGAGAACAGUACCACCACUGUCUUCCAGUGAGCUGUUCUCAAUCUGAAUUGUAGACUGCAUUCAGAAAUGGAGCAAGCUGGGUGUUCUUGAGCAAUUCUCAAUUCAAGAGAACAUGCCUUCCUUCUUCCUGUGGGUCUAAUAUUAGAAAGUUUUUAAAAGGUACACCGGAACACUGUAAAAUAUAUUCUCUUUGUUCUACCUGCCAAAAUAUGAAGAUAUGGUCUUCUUCUUUGAAGAGGGUGUUUUGAUAAUGGUCAUUAUUCUUUGGGCAAUUAAUACUGUUCUAGCUUUCACAAGUUUUUCUAUCUUAUUUUUAUGUAUUGCUAGAAAAAUGUAAUUGUGUAAGAACAUAAUUUAUCUACUGGGUCGAGACAAAAGUCCUUUUAGCCCAGCACUCUGUCUCUGAUGAUGGCAAAAAGCAAAUGCUUAGGAAGGAGUGUUAAAAUAGACAAGCAUAUGGUAUUAAUUCCUUUGAUAAACCCUUCCACCCUCCAGCAGCCUGUGACUUAAACAUGUCCUGAGAGAAAAAUUACAUCACUGUGCAUUUAAUAAUCCUUGCUAUACUUUUUCUUCCAUUACUUUGUCUGAUUGCUUUCUUGAUCCACAGUAUUUGUUUCUUCCAUAAUACUGUAUGAAGCAAGUUCCAGCAUUUAAUUGCACAUUGUAUAAAAAACAAUGUUACAAUUUCAAAUGUAGAAUUAAAUUUUCAUAGUGAUAAGUACAGUUAACACACGAGAUUCUGUCCUGGUUAGUCACACUUUAAUUCAAGAGUGUUAGCUGGGAGGGAUGCAGUUGACUAAAUGCUUGUAAGUCUUUUAAGUUUCAAUUUUUUCUACCAUAUCCAAUGAGUAGACUUUGUUAAUAAGGAUUAAAAACAUUGCCUUCAGCUACAUCUAACUUUUUUUUUCUAUUUAGAAUAUUUAGCUGGGGUGAACCUUAAAUUUCACCUAAAUGAGCCUUUCAGCGUUUGCACAUAACAUCCUCAGCUGCUGUAUAGUAGUUAUCAGGUCUUUUAGCUUUACAGAGUUUAGGUCACAGUUGUUUAGGAUUUUGUUCUCAGGGAGGUAAUUAAACCAAAAUAUGUAUUUCUCACUGAAAUUUCUAGCUCAGGUUCAUUCUAAAACUUACAGGUAAAUAGUGUUGCUUGGGGGCUUGUGAAGAUGUGUGCAGGCUGAGCUGCCUAAUAGACAUGGAGGGCUUAACGGUCAUGUAAAGAUACAGUAAAAAUUGAUAUAAUUUGAAAUGUUUAUUUUCCAGAGCUCCUUUUGUAGGUUAAAUGCACAGCAGUGACUUUUCUCUCUGUUAUACAGAGGAGCCAAUAUACUGUUACACACCACACAACUUCACCCGCGAUCAAGCCUUGUAUGCCAGAGGAUAUUGUUGGACAGAAUUAAAAGAUGCCUUGCCAGGAGUUGAUGCCAGCCACUGGCCCUCCUUGUUUGAGCAUAAGUUCCUACCUUAUGCACUGCUGGCUUUUGCUGGGAUAAUGUACAUUCCAGCUCUGGGCUGGGAAUUUCUGGCCUCCACCCGACUGACUUCAGAGCUUAAUUUUUUGCUUCAGGAGAUCGAUAACUGCUACCACCGUGCAGCUGAAGGGCGGGCACCAAAAAUAGAGAAACAGAUUCAGUCCAAAGGCCCAGGGAUCACUGAGAGAGAGAAGAGAGAAAUCAUUGAGAAUGCAGAGAAGGAAAAAAGCCCUGAACAGAACUUGUUUGAGAAAUACCUGGAAAGAAGAGGACGAAGUAACUUUUUAGCUAAGCUUUAUCUUGCGAGACAUUUGUUCAUCAUCUUUUUAAGCAUCAUACCAAUCACAUACUUAUCCACCUACUAUGCUACACAGAAGCAAAAUGAAUUUACUUGUGCACUAGGAGAGCCUCCAGACAAAACAAGCAGCUCCAAAUUGCACAUUAGAGUGAACUGUAAACUGCCAUCUGUCCAGCUCCAGCGGAUUAUUGCUGGUGUAGAUAUUGUUCUCCUCUGUUUCAUGAACUUGAUAAUCCUCAUCAACUUAAUUCACCUCUUCAUAUUUCGCAAGUCUAACUUCAUAUUUGAUAAACUGAACAAAGUUGGAAUAAAGACAAAGAAACAGUGGCAGAAGUCCCAGUUUUGUGAUAUCAAUAUUUUGGCCAUGUUUUGUAAUGAAAAUCGGGACCACAUAAAAUCACUGAACCGUCUGGAUUUUAUUACAAAUGAAAGCGAUCUGAUGUAUGACAAUGUGGUACGCCAGCUGCUUGCAGCGUUGGCCCAGUCCAACCAUGAUGCCACUCCAACCAUGCGUGAUUCAGGGAUCCAAACAAUAGACCCUAGCGUUGAUCCAGCAGACAUUGAUGCUAAUGAGCAGCUCAUCAUUAAGAGACCAAGGAAGAAAAUGAAAUGGAUCCCAACUACCAAUCCCCUUCCUCAGCCAUUCAAGGAACAGUUAGCCAUUAUGAAGGUUGAGAACCAUAAACCUGAAAAACCGAAGCCUGUGCGGAGAAAAACAGCAACAGACAGCCUUAUAGCUCCUUUGUUGGAGUCUGCUGCAAAAACCUCACAGCAAUCGUCUGCUCAUAAAACUGAGCCAAAUGCCAUCCCAAGCACAAGCAGUGAAAAAAAACACACGCGACACUUUUCCUUGGAUGUUCAUCCAUAUAUACUUAGUAGCAAAAAAACCAAGCCAGAGAUUCAAGCCAUCCCCUCGAUGCCUACAUCAAAAAGCCAAGAGGGUGGAUUUUUAAACCAGGAAGAGAAUGUCGUAGUACACGUUACCUCCUCUCUCAAAGACACCUCUCAUCCUGCAAAAGAGAUCCUAUACUCAUCUGAGACAUGCAGAACUGUGCCUACUGCUGGGGCUUUUGUCACAUGUAACCACAACCAUAUAGCCACAACCUCUGCUGCAACAAGUAUGACUUUGAACCAAGUCAAGCCAGAGCCAACACCUGCACUGAACUGCAACCCAGCCCACCCUUUGCUGCACAUCAACACGCUGUACGAGGAUCACGAGGAGGAAGUUUCAAACAUAAUAGACAAUGGUAUUCACUCACCAACUGACACUGGGGAAAUUCUCUCCAUCCCUACUCCAAAGCAGAUAAGGUUGGCAACAUUUGAUGAACCAAUGGCAAUUGUGAGCUCGGUGGAGUACUGAAGACCCUGGGCUGUGCAGCUGUGCCCCCGUGGCCAGGCCCAAGACCACUGCAGUGCAGGCCACGGUCCCCCGCAACGAUGCAAUUCACUGCAUGAGCAUGGAGAGUUUUCACACAGACUUAUAGCUUUUGGUAACAACACCAAACAGUUUUUCAGGAUCACAUCAUGAGCACUGUCAGUCAUUUGCAAAAUAGAAUAAAGAAAAUCUGGUGGAAAUAGACGUUUAACACCAAGACAAGCAUUAGCUCGAGCUCUAAACUAUAGCUUCCUGAUUUAGGUGGGGAUUAGCACAAUUUUUGAACAUUAAGAGUCUGACGGCAUGCCACAGUAAUUUUAGUGAGUGUUUAAAUUCUUUGUAUUCAGAAUCACUGAUUAAAGUUAAAACAACAUGGAGGUGAGGUAUACUUUUUUAAUGGCAGCAGUUAAAUAAGAGGUUUUUUCUAAGCAGAGAGGAUUUUUUUUUCAAUUCAGGAUUAUGAAAAAGGUAUAUGCAAGCAAAAUUUUCGUUUGUUUGUUUCUUUAGCUCACUAGUGUUGGGCUUGAUGGAGACUUAGCUGAAAGGGCCUUAUGACCACCAGCAUUUAAGUGCAAAAAGAUUGGUACACUCAGUCUCUUGCAUUUAUAAAUGAAAAUACCUGAGGUAUGCCCCGCCCUUUAAUGAGCUUAUAUGUUUGAUGGAAGAUUAUGAAAUGAAGAGUUUAUUUUUUUAAAUAUAUUUUACCAUGGGAAAAAUUACUUUAAUAACUUUUCAAACCAGGUGUUGCUUUUAACAAAACAUGUAGAAGAGAGUCAUUGUAGCUGCUUAUUUUUUCAUAGUGUAUUUAUGAACCAGGUUAGAAACUUUCAUGGGUGCUUCACUGAUACGAAAAAUCUUACGAAGGUCAUUACAAAAUAUCUUACAAAAUAGGAAACCAGCAAAACUGUUUUCAGUUAACACACAGUUAAAGAACUAUCAACGGAGGUCUGCAGGCGUGGCUAGUCCUUGAUUCAGCAAACAUUUAAGGCCAUGGAUGACACUGGAACGACUCACACGUCUAAAGCUAAGCACACACUGAAAUGGCUUUGCUGGAUCUGGGCUUUAGUGCAGGCAGACAAUAAACCUGCAGUAUGUGCUAUCACUCUUGAUUCAAUAUUUGCCGUCCUUGGCUCAAAGCACAUCUUCAUGCCCAUCUUCCUAUAACUAUGGUAUGUGUGAUUUAAUAGAAAACUCUAGUAUAACUAAAACAUCUAUUAAAAGUGUAUCAUGCAAUAACCAUUCUCAGCAAAAUUAUAGUGGAACAAAAAGUGACUGUGUUAAAAUAAUAUUCCUGGCUGCAUUCAGAAUUAUGGACUAUGUGUGUUUGCUUCAAAACUAUGUAUAAUGGUAGAAAAAAUAUGCAGCAAAAAUAUGGGACUGAAAUCUUGACUUUAUUUUUAAUUUAUUACCUCAGACAUGGAUCUAUUAUACCAAUAUUUAAUGAAAAUAGCUCUGAAA